GUGUCCUGCACUUUUAUUUGACUGUCGGGAGCCCUCCAGCCUUAGGAGAUGUCUGGGAGGCCGGAGAGAGCAGCGGGAGCCCCGGCAGAGCCCCGCGCUGCGUUCGGGCCAUUGUGGCAUCACCGCGCGCGUCCGUGGCAACCGUGGAAUCGCCGCCUCCGGCUCCGCGUUUGUCCCGGCUGGUCCCGGCACGCCAGGUCCUGCCCUGCCGGGAGCCGCUGCCCUCCGACCGUCCCAUCCGGUCCUGCUGGAGGAGGAGCAGCCUCGCAGCAGCUCCAGGCACCGGCGGCACUGUCCGCUCAGACAAAGAUAUCCAAGGACCACUGUUACCUCAGGACAGAAAUCAAUCAGAAAUGGACACCAUUGAAGAUUUGAGAAAGAAACUCCAGAAGCUUGAGGAAAAAAAUUUGGAAUUAACCAAUCAACGCAAUCAAGAUAUCUCUCGCUAUGAAAAAGAAAUAAUGGAAUUAAGGUUGGAACUCAAGAGAGAAGAGGCUCUUUGUCGAGUUCUGGAGAGUGAAAUGCCCUUUCCUAGAAAAGAGGCUCAUAUGCAGUCGUGUUCUGCAGAGGGCGAGCUAAGGGAUGAAAAAGCCAAGCUUUUGGAACUGCAAGAAUGCUGGGGACAUCCUAGACACAGAACUAAUACCAUCUCUGGAAUUGACAUACCCUCUGAAUCUUCUCAGCCUCGCUUUGUACCCCAAGGAAUCAGAACACCUUGUGGUCCUGCUCCUGAUGCACGCUGGGGAGAGCCUAGACACAGAUCCUACAUUUUGUGUGGAACCAACAUAACCUCCAGUGUGAGACCCUACAGAACCUAUACAGUGUCUGGAACCGAUAAACCCUCUGAAUGUUUUUGUCUUCGCUUUGUACCCAAAGGAACCACUACACCUUGUGGCCCUGUUCCUGAUAAAUCUUUGCGGGUUCACUUUGAACCUGAAGCAGCUGGUUCAUCUCCUCUAUCAGCUCCUGUUUCUCCACAUGAUGAAUAUUUUUGGGGUUGCAUGGGACACCAACUAGCCAAAACACCACCUGCUCAUGCUCGUGACAGUGAUGAAUAUUUUCAGCAACAAUUUAUGCCCAAAGGAGCUGCUGCACCUCGUGGUCCUGAAACUGAUGGCAAGUCUGCUUUUCAAGCAAUUUUAGUCACUUGAAUAUAGGUUCCCAGACAACAUCUCCCUUCAUACUGCACAGAUUCCAGAGGCAAAUGCAACAUUACAGAACUGUAAAUAUAAUGCAGUGUUAAAAGUAGUGAGUAGUGCUAACAGAAAUGUUCUGAGACUUUUUCAGAAGAAAAAGGGGGUGGUGAAAGA